CUACAAAAGGGUGCUACACAGGCACGCGGUGAAGACAUUCACACCCUUCAAACUGAAGUAGCUAGUUGGCUCAAUUCUCGACCACCUGGCAAGUGUGCGCAUCCUAUUUUGUCAACCAAAAGUCGGGCCAACAGAGGUUUCAAACAUGACUUGACUGGUAAACUCCUUUGUCCGAUCCAUCUAGAUUGGAGCAACAUAACGUGCGUCCAUUGCAACACUUAA